AAAAAAGUCGCACUUUUUAUUGGGGUUUUUCUCGGAAAAUGCCUUUCAAAAUAUUUUCUCGGGAAAAUCAGCAAGUCGCACUUUUUUCUGCUGCUAUCCCUCGCUUUGCUAACAAGAAGAUUAAUCAUUUUUAGUAUUUUCUUGGUGUUUGUUCUCUCUCGUCCUUACAAGAACAACUUGAGUUUUGAGGGAAAGAUAGAGAGAGAAAAUGAUGCCAUCGUCAUCUUCAUCGUCUUCUUCUUCGGCAACUGUUCGAGUUGAGAAGGCGACGAGCGACCUUUUAAUCGGUCCCGAUUGGACUAUGAACAUGGAUAUUUGUGAUUCCAUCAAUUCCAACCAUUGGGAAGCAAAAGAUGUUGUCAAAGCUCUGAAGAAAAGGUUGCAGCAUAAGAACCCUAAAGUUCACCUACUUGCCUUGACGCUUCUGGAGACAAUGGUAAAGAACUGUGGUGAUUAUGUGCAUUCUCAAAUUGUGGAGAGGAAUAUUCUGCAGGAGAUGAUCAAAAUUGUGAAGAAGAAGACGGAUAUGCAUGUGAGGGAUAAAAUCUUAGUACUCCUAGAUUCUUGGCAAGAAGCAUUUGGUGGCCCCGGAGGAAAAUGUCCACAAUAUUACUGGGCAUAUGACGAACUGAGACGUUCUGGAGUAGUAUUUCCCCAGCGUUCAUUUGAUACAGCGCCAAUAUUUACACCACCUGUUGCCCAUUCAACUUUGAGACAUGCUCAAGCAGGUUUUGGAAUGCCAAGCAAUUCUUCAACUAGGCUCGAUGAAGCCAUGGCAGCUGAGAUGGAAAAUUUAAGUUUGUCGAGCAUAAAUUCUAUGCGGAAUGUUCUGGAUCUCUUAGCUGACAUGCUGCAAGCUGUGAAUCCAAAUGACCGUGCAUCUGUAAAAGAUGAAGUAAUAGUUGAUCUUGUCACCCGAUGUCGUUCCAACCAGAAGAAAUUGAUGCAGAUGUUGACUACAACCGGGGAUGAAGAACUUCUCGGUCAGGGUCUUGAAUUAAAUGAUAGUCUGCAGACUGAGCUUGCAAAACAUGAUGCUAUAGCUUCUGGUUCACCGUUGCCGACUCAAGUAACAAAUUUGAGCCCCCAAUCAGUUCCUGCACAUGACUCCAGCCUCAAACCUACUGAACAUAAACAACCCAGCCAAACACCAAAUGUUAAUCGCUCUCCACCAGCUGUUGAAGAAGAGGAAGAUGAGGAAGAUGACUUCGCACAGUUAGCUCGAAGGCAUUCCAGAACGCGGUCAACUACUUCUCAAGACACAACUGGUACUAAUGAAAGUGUUACCUCAGUGAAUGCCACAAACAAUAUCCCAAGCAAUGCAUUAGCUCUGCCCGAUCCACCUGCACCAGUUAAGACCACAAAAGAGCAAGAUAUGAUAGACCUUUUGAGUAUCACCUUGUCAACUACUACACCCUCUCCUCAAACCCCCCACACUCCUGCUUCUUCUUCUCAGAACAUUCAGCGCACACCUGUUUCCCCAACCACACAAGGGUAUCCCUACGCUUCCCAGGCUUACCCUGGAAACGUCGGACAAGUGCCCUACAACAGUUAUGUUGUUCCGUGGGCCCAGCCUCCACCCCAAUCCCAACAACAGCCUCAACCUCAAUCUUACCUCCAACCCCAACCCCAACAACAGCCUCGACCUCAAUCUUACCUCCAACCCCAACAACAGCCUCAACCUCAAUCUUACCUCCAACCCCAACCCCUACCCCCAACACAACAUCCACCUCAAACUCAACCUCAAUAUCCCCAGUACUCAUCGGCCUACCCUCCUCCUCCAUGGGCACCAACUCCCGGUUAUUUUAGCAACCAGAAUCAAUUUUCUACCAGACCUUACGCGCUAGCAACUCAGCGAGCCAAUGCGCCUUCAUCUUAUACAUCUAUGCAAGGUGGCAGACCGUUGGAGCAAUUCAACUCGUUCAACGCAAGAGGAAGCAAUGGAACACCAAUGAAUGGAGAGCUAAGGGUGAGCCCUAGCCCUACGAUCACUGCCCCUGCAGCAGCUGUACAGAAACCCUUUGUUCCCUCAUACAGAUUGUUUGAAGAUCUUAAUGUUCUCGGCAAUGCAGAUGGGAGGUUUAAGAUGACGAGCAACACAUCUCCUAGCUUAUCGGGAACGUCUAGCCAAAGUAUGGUGGGUGGGAGGAAGUAAUAUAUUCACCGUAUGAUAUUCUGGUUUUCAACAGCGUAGGUUUUAUGAGAACAGCAUUAUUUGAUACAUGUCAAUAUGGUAUAUAUGUCCUCAUAUUUUUUUUCUCCCUUUCAAUUUGCAUGUAUGUAGUAGAGUCCUUUAGAUUGAUAAAAUCAUGGUCUUGCAUUGCAAUAAGAACAUGUUUGGUAUUUGAAUAGAUGAAAGUUGAUUGAGGUUCUGUGCUGA